AUGGCCGCCCCAUCAAUGGCAAUCUCCACCGCCUUACUCCUUGUUCUUCUUCUACCGGCGAUCUCCGCCGUCCGUUUAAACCCAAACCCAAACAACAAUGGUAACGAUUUCAUCCGUACCAACUGUGACGCAACAUUGUACUCUGACGUCUACUACGCCACCCUCAUUGCCCGCACCAAUGAGGUCCAAGGAAGCCCAGCCAAGCUCGCUAGCGUAGCCGUCGAGGUCAGCCUCUCUAGUGCUCGUAACAUUAGCGCGUACAUUUCGAACCUCGCACGCAAUCCCAAUUCCAAUAAGGUUCUGAAGGACUGCGUGAGCAACUUCGGCAACGCCAUUGAUCAGAUGCAACGCUCGAGCACGGAAAUACAACCCGCGAGCACGCCAUUCCAGAUAAGCAAUGUACAGACGUGGAUGAGCGCCGCACUUACCAAUCAGGACACAUGUGCGGAUGAACUUAUUGAGUCUGUGAAAUCGGAUGUACAGGAUCGCGUGUUGAACGGCAAGAAGUUGAUGAGCAUUGCCCUCGCCUUCAUCAAUAAGUUUGCUCAAGCGACCAAUGCUAAGGGAUCUUUAUCACCUCCGGUUCUUGAUCGGCCCGAUUCCCAGUUCCUCUAA